AUGCAAUCAAAAGCCACCUACGUCCCCAUAUUCAACCUUCAAGGAUUUCCUACCCUUGCCGAUGCUGGCCAUCUGGCUCAGAAUCUAGAUCUGCAGCAUUUAUGGAACUCUUUUUGUUAUCAUCAGGAAACUCUCGUCAGUUGCGUGAGGGAUAUGCAAUUCGAUAGGUACGAAAUGAACUGCAGAACCUUUUGGAGCGGUUUAUCGCACGAAAGUCACCAAGUAUGUCUACAGCCCGUAGUCUCGAGUUUGAUCUCAGACGCCAUGGCCUUUGCUUACGAUCAUAUGGCUGAAGUUCUCUUAUGUAAGGUCAACAACGCCUUAGACUUCUCGAUUUCAUACUCGCUUCGACUCCUAGCCGAAAGACUGGAGUCGAUCAUGCAGGAUACUUUCUGUAAUUUUCCAAAAGACUUCAGUGGAAGCAAAUUAGAGCUUUGUGUAGGAGCUGCUCAACUGUUUGCUCGCUUCUUGGAUCUCAAUCAGAUCUCGGUGUCGCUCUCACCCAUACUUGCUGACUAUGAGCAGCAUCAACAAAUGAUUGAAGCAUGGUCCCGUAUUGACACUAGAAACAUCUCACACCAGUGUGCCAUCUUGAUGUCAUGCCAACGACAUAUAUUGGAACCAAUUUUGGUAGAUUUCGGACAGUGGCUCAAUGGUGCUGCCCUUCCUAUUAGUCGAGGUAGAGGUGUAGAUCUGUUGUGUGAAUGGAUUGAAAAAUUAUUGAGGGAGAUUCAAGGUGUGCCAGAUAUAUCAAUGGCAAAUAUCGUAUGCAAAGUUGGGUGUAUCACGUCUCAAAUCGUGAGGGAGCUCAUCCUGAAAUCUGAAGUAUCCUUCGGAGCUUUUCAGCUGGUCAAGACAUUCCUUGACGAUUACGUUGCGAUCAAAUACCUGCGACAAACAGCUUUAUUCCAAAGGUCGGUAGGUAAUGCCGAGUAUGAAAAGGGAGAAACGCAAUCGAACCGAUCAUCAGUAUCUUCGAUGAACGUUUUCAUUCCCCCUCGUCCUCCUGUUUCUACAGAUCACUCCACUGCGAUCUCCACUGCGAUCCCUGUCCAAAGCGGAUCAGAAGGAUCACUGCAACCCAAUCUCCAGGAACUCGAUCUUCAACCCCAAUACCUUCCAGUGCCAGCUGAUUUGAGCGGUGACGGGAUAAUUAUCACCCCUAGACCGUUUGCGAGAGAUGAUUACGCAUCGUAUCCGACAUCCUCUUCAUUCAACUAG